AUGACACGACGGCCAUCGAGAUUGACCUUAUUGGAGACAUCGGGACAGAAACUGGACGUCAGAGCGCACCAGAGAACAGGCCUUGUCAGUCUUUUGUUGUUGGUUACCGAAACCACCAAACAAUCCAGCGCUGGCUUGGAACGGUCUUUUAAGGUCACCGGAAGCAGGUUUUCCAAAGACGUGGAUUUGGACCAGGUUGGACUCAAAAGCACCCUUCAAUGGAGAGAUAGAUUGCAUGAGCAAUGGGUUGGCGUACUUCAUGUACAAGUGCAUGAAACCCAUCAUAGCCACACCUGUGAAAACACCCUUGAUAGCACCUUGGAGCUGUUUCAAAUCGUAAUCCUUGACGGUAGUGACGGUCAGCUUGGACUCAGUCUCCCCCUGCAAAGUGUUAGGAGGCUCCAAGUACUUGAAAGUGGUGAGAUCGUUCUUUUUAAUAAUCAGCCAUCUCGUAUAGAGGUAAACACCCAAAGUGAGCAAAGUACACGAAACGUACAAGAUUCUCACGUAAAGAAGGAUGGUUGGGUCUUCGAAGUCAAGUUUACGAGAAACUUGCAUCAUACCCAGCAUGAGCACAAGGUUGGACACGGCAGGAUUCAUAAUGAAGGCAAAAUGUCGAGGUGGACAAAAAACAAAAUUUUCAAAGGCGGUCUAGGCAACCUUGCCGAGGUUUUCGAGUUGGUUGAUCAUACAGAAUCAGUUGUUGAUCUUCAUAGUUCGUUAGAUCUCUUGACCAGAUUCAAAACAUCUAUAGGCGGCUGUGUAUCUGCCAAAGCGCGUGCCAUUAGGAGUCGAGUAUUUUUUUUAACCUCCAGAAGAGGGCAAGACAAGGUUUCAAGUUUUGUACACACCGGAAAAUCCAAACCAAACUUAGACUUUGUAUCUUCUCGUCAAUUGGAUUCUUGGAGAAACGCUAUUAGUUGUCCUAGCAUUAGAUCUGGAUUAAUCAGGAUUAUUUUGUUCAAACCAUUACUGUUCGUUACCAUGGUUGAAUUUUUCGACUCGUCAGCAACCUCAGCAGCACCAAAGGUGUCCACCUUGCUUCCGGCUCCGCCUCCCGAGGUGAAUCCGUGGAAGAAGUCAACGUCUCCACAGCACACGGGGUCGCUAAAUCAAGAUAUCUCUACGACCCGCACUCCGAUCACAGCACGUUCUGAAGAACCUCCGACGACUCAGUCAAUCCCAAAGGCAAAGAAGACCGGCAAAGAAAAGUGGGUCCCGCUAGAAGCCGAGAUCUUGGUCUCGUCGCCCACCAAGUCCAAAAACAAGAACCAGAACGGUAAUUCCAAACGUAAGGAGAAUAAGCAGACCCAGGUCAAACGAACUGGGAAAAAGAAAACAACCAAAAGUCCAAACCAGCUGGACGAGAAACAAGGACCUGGUGACGCCGCCUUGGUCGGCAAUAACCUUGAUACGAACGGCGCCACAGAUAAGAUCCCUGAAGGGUCGGAUGACAAAAAUCUGACAAAACUUGUGGCUCAACUGUCAAUUGACACUCCCCAGGGCCCAGAUACAGCUCCUCCUUCGUCCUACUCCUUGUCAACUCUAGAUAAUGGCAUUUCCGCAGAUACUAGCUCAAAAGCGGACUUUGAAGCACAGGGAUCCGAUCCUCGGUUUAUCCAACACCAAAGAAAUAAAAGCUUCAAUGGAGGAGGAUUCAGAUACAACAGGAAAUCAAGAAACGCGUAUCCUCGUCCAAAUAGCAAUAUUCCGUCUCUUCCCCCAUACCCAAUGAUUCCAUCUGCGCCAUACUACAUUCCUUACUACAUGCCCCCAGGGACGCCCUACGGCAUGGCUGUAUCUCCAUCUUCCUCGCGGAGAAACAGCCAAUUCAAUUCGCAGUCCACCUCGAGGGGCUCGCCAUCCGCAACCAACGACUUAGGUCCGGCCUCGGUUUCGAACGACCGGGCCUCGCAAAAAGACAGUUCUUCCUCCACUCCAAUGGGGUCGCCGGUUCCGAUGUACGGUGAUCCUGGCGCUUAUUUCGGAAUGUACUCAGGAAUGCCUCCGCCUGCUGCUUCCUCGGGCUCGACGUCGCCUGUUCCAUACUACGCGCCUUAUUACAUAUCUCCUCCAGGUAUGGGUAGUCCUGUGGUGCGGCCACCGCCACAAUACAUUAUACCGGCAGACGAUAAAGUGGGUCGUUUGACAAGACAAUUGGAGUACUAUUUCUCUGUUGAGAACCUGUUGAAGGACAUCUAUUUACGAAGGCACAUGGAUUCUGACGGGUAUGUGUCUGUUGCAUUUAUUGGUGGCUUUUCAAGGGUGAAGAUACUGAGUGACGGGAACGCGGAGCUGAUAUUUGAGGCCUUGGAGAGAAGCGAGCUGUUGCAAGUGGAAGGGUCAGGGGAGUCGAGCAAAGUCAGAUUACGAAACGGCUGGGAACAAUGGGUUUUCAGCGAAGACCAGCGAGAGCAAUAA